GAAAAAACGCCACCAAAAUGGCCGACGACGACGUUGGCGCACCGGCGGCGGUGGUGUCCGGCGACUUGACGUGCAGUCCAUGCGUCGAGGAGUCUCCACAGGAUGCACAGGUAGAGGGAGUGCCGGCGACAACAGCCGCCCAAUCCAUCGACGAGGCUGCCAAGUGGAAGGAGCGAAGUGGGCGGUUGGGCAAUGCCGUGAACCAGCAAAAGGCGCGCAUUCAGGAGCUCGAAGAGUCUGACACGAGGUUAAAGCGCCUGUUGAACUUGGCCAAGCGAAGCAUCGAAAGCAAGGACGCGUCCAUCGAGUCCCUCAAGCAGCAGGUGGUGGAGCUCAAGGCGGCCGCGGCCAAGCAAGGGCGGCCCAAGGACCCACGGCGCAUCUUGCACAAAGUCAAGCACGUCACCCAUGCUGGCCAGACGACGCUGUGGUGCCUUGUCGAGUACACGAGCGACGACGACGACGAGUCGCGGCCUCCCGAGUGUGGGUGGCUGGCCUUCCAGCACGAAGCCGACCUGCUCGAGUAUGUCCGGCGGGCAUCGGGCGAACCCGUACGCGUGCCCGACUUGAGUCUGCCCCCUUCCGACGUCCUUCAAAUGAAACUCGACUUGAGCGACGAGCUGGAGCGAGUGCAAGAAGAAUUCCGGCGGUAUCGCGUGCGAUCUGGUACGGUGGCUUUUAUCUCACACGUUUCAACCGUCCAUGUAGAAAUCACGCGCAAACAAAAAGAAGCCGAAUUGCGCAAGAUCAGCGCCUCGGCCUUGACCAAGCAAACCGAGCAGAUUGGCGGCAUGGACCUACAGCAGGAACUUCAAGCCGCCCGCGUCCAAGUGCGUCGGUUCAGCCAGCUCCAGACGUCCGCUGAGGAGCGCGAGCGGGAAUUGCAAGACAAGUACGACAAAUUAGCGCGGGAGCAUGCAAAAUUGAGCGGCGCGAUGGGCGAGACUGUACUCGCAAUGGAGUGGCGGGCGCGGUACGAGCAAGCGGUGGCCGACAAGGCGGCGCUCGAGCAGCAGGUCGUAAUGGCGGCAUCUUCGAGCGACAGCAGUCGGCAUGUGCUGGAUGUGGACAUCUCUGGGAACGACGUGGCCAAGCUCAAGAUGGAGUUUGCACUGUAUCGCAAACGGGCGAUGCAAGUCGUGGACCUCAAGGACAAGGAGCUGCAGACCUGUCGCAUACCCGGCACGGCCGGGCUACGGCGUAUGAGUAGUUCUAACAGUCUGAAUGGCUUCGAAACGUCGUCGCAUGCGCCCACCACGAACGAGUACCUGAAGAACAUUGUGAUCAAGUACAUGUCGACAGACCAGGACGAGGUGAAAGAACACAUGGAAAAGGCCAUUGCGACAGUGUUGAACUUUUCGAGUGCCGAAGUCAAGCACAUCCAGGACAAGCGAAAGGGGGGCGCUGCGGGGGGGUGGGGGCUGUGGUGACCAAGCAAAUAGAUAGACACCUUGAAUGGGCUGGCUCGUUAACAUGUGUUAAAAUCCGUAUCUUGUUGUGCC